CCAAAAUCAAAACGAGUUCCGCCAUGAAAAUCAACAACUCUACUCUCUUCUUCUUUCUCCUCCUCUCCAUCUUCUGCUUAUCAGCUUUAGCUGAGAAAAAUCAAGCUUCGAAUGGCUCCACCAUCUUGUUCACGACUAUGGGUAGCUCCACCUUCGAAUUCGACAUCUUCACCCUCCCAACGAGCCGUCAUCCUCCAUCUCCUUCCGAUGAGCACCGUCUCACCGACGGAAAAUCCAUCAACUUUAACGGCCACUUAGCGUCUCCUUCUCCUGCUCUAAUCUCCCUUCUUCCCAAUACAUCCGGAGUCCAACCACAAGACCAAUCUCUUCUCCAUCUCAUCUACGUCACUGAGAGAGACGGCACGCCUACUUUACAUUACGACGUCGUUCACGGCGAUAGUAACAAAGCCAACGUUCAAGUCCCGUUACUGUCUGAUCAACAGAGUGGCAUGAACGUAAACUCGAUGAAAGACACUCCUGUCUUAACCAACGAGCAUCUUAUCUACGUGUCCACUCACGAGAACUCCGGUAAGCCCAUGGCGAGUUGGGCCGCUGUUUACUCCACCGAGUUACGAACUAAAUCGACUCAGCGGCUCACACCUCCCGGAAUCGCUGAUUUCUCUCCUGCCGUGUCUCCGUCCGGGAACUGGACCGCCGUGGCCUCCUACGGGGAGAAAGGUUGGAGUAUCGUAUCCAAGGAGCUUAGCACGGACAUCUACGUUUUCUUGACUCGGGACGGAACUCAGCGAGUCAAGGUUGUUGAGCAAGGAGGAUGGCCGAGGUGGACCGACGAGUCGACUCUUUAUUUCCACCGUAAAAGCGACGACGGUUGGAUCAGCGUGUACCGAGCAACUUUACCCAAAACCGGACCGGUUUCGACCAAAACCGUAACGGUUAACAGAGUCACGCCUUCUGGUAUUCACGCGUUCACACCCGCCACGUCACCAAACAACAACGACUUCAUCGGAGUAGCAACUAGGAGGCCAGGAUCCGAAAUCCGCCACGUGGAGCUUUUCGAUUUAAAGAAGAACGAGUUCGUCGAGUUGACUCGUUUAGUCUCUCCCAACAGUCAUCACUUCAACCCGUUUCUUUCCCCCGACUCGUCCCGAGUCGGAUACCAUAGCUGCAGAGGCGACAAAACGGGACGUAAGAAUCCUCGGAAUCUCCUCCAGAGGCUCAAAACCACUUCGGACGAUCUAUCUCUCUUCAGAUUCGACGGAGCUUUCCCGUCUCUCUCGCCAGAAGGCGAUCGUUUCGCGUUUGUAACGUUCACUGGCGUUUUCGUCGUGAACCAAGACGGUUCCGGUCUACGUCAGAUUCUCUCACAUAUGGGAUUCGGUACGGUUUGGGAUCCGGUUAGGCACGGGAUCUUGUACACAAGCUCAAGUCCCACUCUUGCUUUCAUAGCUCCCGGUGUAGUCUCUGGGAAAGAUCAGAUGGAUAUCCUCGCCGUUAACGUCGACGCGCCAAACCCGUCAACCGCCGUUAGAAAACUAACGACUAACGGCCAAGACAACGCCUUCCCGUGGCCAUCACCUGACGGUAAACGUAUUGUCUUCCGGUCUGCUCGGUCCGGUACCAAGAAUCUUUACAUAAUGGACGCGGAGAAAGGUGAAGCCGGUGGUUUGUUUAGGUUAACCAACGGUAAUUGGAACGAUACGAUAGCCACUUGGUCUCCCGACAACAACUGGAUCGUGUUUGCAUCGAACCGGGAAUAUAUUGGUACGUUGUUGAUGGAUUUGUAUGUGGUUCACCCGGAUGGAACCGGUUUAAGGAAGGUUGCGCAGAAUUUGACCGGUGGUGUAUCUAUGCAUCCUAUGUUUAGUCCAGACAGUAAAAAGAUCGUUUUCACUACUACUUACGCUGGUAUCUCGGCGGAGCCUAUUGGUAAUCCGAAGUUCAACGUCGCGAGUAGUGAGAUUUUUACUGUGAAUUUGGAUGGUUCUGAUUUUGCGAGGCUCACGCAUAACUCGGUUGAAGAUGGACCGCCUCUGUGGUUUCCUAAGAUCAAAGUUACUGGUGAUGUGGCGUGGCCCACGAGGUUUGGUGCGAGCUGCGCUUUUGAAGAUUUCAAGUCGCAGAAUUCGACCGGGAAGAUGAAUAAGCGUGUAAUGAUGUGACUUCACAAUAGUUUGUUGUUUAAUAAUUUACUCUUUGAGUUGCUGACUUGUUAUGGUGAUACUUGUUAAAGUAUUGGAAUUGAAUAAAGAAUAAGAUAGUUUUGAACUUUAAACUUCUUGAUAUCUUUCACUGUAGGAGAUGUAUAAAAGAAUGGCAAUACAUUUUCCAAAAAUGAGUUUAA